AUGGCGUUAUUGCAAAAAUUAUUUCAGAAAGCUUUAUUGACGAAUCUGCGGGCGUACAGUGUGAAUAGUUUACAGAAGCCACCAAAAAUUUUAAUUACUGGUGGUCUGGGUCAACUCGGCGUGGAAUGUGCUAAAUUCUUACGACAAAAAUACGGCCAACAGAAUGUUAUUCUAUCAGAUAUAAUACAACCAAACCUAGAGGUGGCUAAUGAUGGUCCAUAUAUUUUCGCUGACAUUCUAGAUUUUAAAGGACUCCAAAAAAUUGUUGUCGACCACAGAAUAGAGUGGUUGAUACAUUUUUCUGCUCUGUUAAGUGCGAUAGGUGAACAAAACGUCCCACUGGCUGUGAGAGUAAACAUCGAAGGCAUGCACAACGUCAUCGAGCUUGCAAAACAGUAUAAACUCAGGAUUUUUGUGCCUAGUACAAUAGGUGCUUUUGGCCCCGACUCUCCCAGAAACCCAACGCCGAAUAUCACUGUUCAAAGACCAAGAACAAUUUAUGGCGUGUCUAAAGUCCACGCGGAGCUAUUGGGAGAGUACUAUUAUCAUAAGUUCGGGCUUGAUUUUCGUUGUUUACGAUUUCCUGGUGUUAUUUCGAGCGACCCACCAGGUGGAGGCACAACAGAUUACGCCAUAGCAAUCUUCCAUGAUGUUUUACGGAAAGGCCAUUACCAAUGCUACUUAAAACCCGAUACAAGGCUACCAAUGAUGCAUGUGAGAGACGCACUAAAUGCCCUCUCAGAGUUCCUGGAAGCUCCAAACGAAAUCCUGAAUAGACGCUGCUACAAUGUCACCGCGAUGAGCUUCACUCCUGAAGAACUUGCCGAAAAAAUGAUCAAAUAUGUACCAGAUUUUAAGAUCACGUAUAUGCCGGACGCAAGACAGGAAAUUGCUGACAGUUGGCCCCAAGUGUUUGAUGAUAGCGAAGCAAGAAGAGACUGGAAGUGGAACCCCCAAGUGGACCUGGACAAUUUAGUUGAAAUUAUGAUGCGCGAAGUUAAAGAAAAAAUAGCCAGCAACGGCUUUUGA